AUGGAUGAUGCAUUUACCAUUCAAAUAAGUGGAAACUUAGUCAAACAGCUAGCAGACAACACCAACAAGGUAAAGAAAAAAACAAGAAAACCAAAACCCAAAACUCCCCAACAACACCCAAUCCCUCCACCACCACCACCACCACCACCACUACCAACUGCCGCUACAUGGCCACCAAUGUACCUCCCAAUUCCACCACCUUCACCACCUGAGGUGAAUGCCAUUCGUUCUGUUCUUGAAGACAGUGAGAGGGUUUUGGAAAAACUACAAAAGCAAGAAGAUGCAAUGUUGUUUGAAGUGACACAAAAGGCAAAAGAGCUUCAUGAAAAAGAGUUUAAGCUUCCGGAAGCAAAACCUAUGCCAUGUUUGACCGAUUUGACCGCUUGUUUGGAUUGCUAUAAAGAAAAUGUCAAAGACCCGUUGAAAUGCAGUGCCCUUGUCAAGAAUUUUGCAGAUUGUGCUCGCACUAUAAGGCAACAGAUUCGUGAAUUAAAGUAA